AUGUCAGAAGUGAAUUCAGUUUCUUCAUCUGUAACCGAAGACACUAUAAAGGACUAUUACGGCAAGAAGCUUGGUUGUACUGCAGACUUGAAGACAAGUGCCUGUGUGUUCAAACCUGGGAAAUUGCCACUAGCUGUUAGAGAAGCAAUUGAUCUCGUCCACAAGGAAGUUCGAGAGAAGUACUAUGGAUGUGGCCCUGUGUUCCCUCCUGCACUGGAAGGAACUUCAGUUCUAGACCUUGGCAGUGGCAGUGGACAAGAUUGUUAUGUUCUCAGUAAGCUAGUUGGACCUGAAGGUCAUGUAGUCGGGCUUGACAUGACAGAUGAGCAGUUGGCAGUAGCUAACAAAUACAUAGACUACCACACUAAACUGUUCAACUAUGCCACACCUAACAUCAGCUUUGUCAAGGGCUAUUUGGAGAAUCUACAGGAGGCUGGUCUUGAAAAUGACACAUUUGAUAUCAUUGUAUCAAACUGUGUUAUCAAUCUGUCCAAAGACAAACACACUGUACUACAGGAAGCAUACAGAGUUCUCAAGGUGGGUGGAGAGCUCUACUUCAGUGAUGUGUACGCCGACAGAGACCUGCCACCCAGCAUAAGAGAACACCAGGAACUAUGGUGUGAAUGUGUUGUCGGUGCCCUCCAUUGGAAACAUCUGUACAAACUGGCAGCAGAAAUUGGUUUCUCUGUUCCCCGUCUGGUAACAGCCAGCCUGUUUUCAGUGGAUCAAAAGGAGUACAAAGAUAUCCUAGGUGAUGCAAAGUUUGUGUCGGUCACUUAUCGUCUCUUCAAAUUGCCACCAGGAUCAGGAGUACCAUCAACUGUCGUUUACAAUGGGGGGAUUGACAGUUUUGAAGAGGAGUUUCAGUUUGAUCAUGGGAUCACAUUUAAGAAAGGGGAAGAGUGCCAUGUAAAAGCUGAGCUUGCAAGCAUCCUAACCAACUCCAGAUAUAAGAAGUACUUUACCAUCUCACCAGGAGAAAGAGGUCCUUGCAAAUGUGCUAAGCUGGAUAAAGAUCCAUUUGAGUACUGUGCACAAAGAGGAAGCCCCAAGGGCUGCUGCUGA